AUGGCACAGCAGGGAAUAUCGGAGUAUGAUCUCAUCAUCGUCGGCGCCGGCACUUCAGGCUGCGUUCUAGCGAACCGCUUGUCAGAAGACCCGAACGUGUCAGUGUUCGUGCUAGAGGCUGGCGAGGAUCGCAGUCAUGACGAACGUAUCUACACACCUGGCCUGGCGGGCAGCAUGUGGGAAAACCCCGAAUUCGAUUGGCAAUAUGUUUCAGAGCCCGCUCCUGGCAUGAACAACAGACGCAUCAAGCACCCUCGCGGGCGAGUUAUAGGUGGCACCAGCGCGAUCAACUCUUUUGCGCUCAUCUAUCCUUCUGCUGCCGGGAUUGAUGCUUGGGCGGAGCUUGGGAAUGAAGGGUGGGAUUGGGACACUCUUGCGCCGUACUUCCUCAAGUUCCAGACUAUUGUGCCGCCGAGUCGGGAAGUCAAGGAGCAACUGAAUAUCAUGCACAGUGAUGAGAACAUCCGCAAAUCGAAUGGACCAAUUCAAGCUUCGUUUCCAUUACGAGUGACCGAGUUUCAGAAAGCUUGGGUUGACACUUUCCGCACCUUGGACCUGGAGUGUGUGAGUGAUCCGCUGACUGGACACGCGAUCGGCGGGCACACAUCGACUUGCCACAUCACUGGCGAUACGCAUGAGCGCAGUCAUGCAGGAGUCGCGUAUUUAGAUCCGGUACUCGAGCGGACGAACUUGACGGACAUUACCAAUGCCUGGGUACAGAGAUUAGCGAUCGAAAAGGACGGCCCGGAGCCGAUAGUCCGUGGUGUUGUUUACUCACGAGACGGUGUCUUGAAAGAAGUUCGAGCGAAGAGGGAAGUCAUAAUUGCGGUGGGUACAUUCAACACGCCACAGAUCCUAGAUUUGUCUGGUAUUGGAGACCCGGCUAUCCUUGAGCAGCACGGCAUUGACGUCGUCUACGCCAACCCGGCUGUUGGGGAGAAUCUGCAAGAUCACAUACGGUCAGGCAUCUCAUUCGAGCUCAAUGACGACGCUCCGCCGCGGACAACACUGCCUGUUGAGGAAGCUCGCAGACUGUAUGAGAAGGACAGAUAUGGGCCCUGGGCGGAGCAGGGCACCUUUGCGUUCGCUUACACGCCGCUUGUGCCGUUCCUGGAUCCAGACGAGAGCGAGAAGCUGGAGACUCUGCUCGAUCGGCAUAUGCAAGAUGAUGGGAGCUGGUCACCAUUCAUACGCAAGCGUGACGCUUUCAUUCGCAAGGUCGUUGAGUCAGCCGAUGAAGCAACCGCCGUCACAUUCCUCUCUCGUAAACCUCUUACCGACGAGGAGGGUGGCAACUUUGACACCUUGCACUGCAUGCUAUCUCAUCCUUUCUCUGCCGGGUCUGUCCACAUCACGUCUGCAGAUGCUCAAAUCAAGCCCAGCGUUGACUUCAAGUACUACUCGCACCCACUUGAUGUGGAGAUACUGUACAUGCUCGACAGAUUCAGGUGCUGGAUAAACUGGCAAAGACAGAGCCAUCGGCAUCCUACCUUAAAGCUGAGGGAAAGAGGCUUCCUAAAAGAUACCCUACAGAUACGAUCGACGGUGCUAAAGAUUUGGCGCGAGCUUCUGCAUCGACCAACUACCAUCCGUGUGGCACAUGCGCUUUGGGCGCUGUGGUGGACAGUCGCUUGA